CUCGAGUUUCUGCCCGUAACGGGGCAAAGUCAUCGGCAAAUCGGCAAUGGAUGAUUUGUCAGCUUACUACUCUCACUACAACAUCCCCUCGAUCCUUCCUCCUCCGAUUCCAAUCACUCCAAUCCAUCCCGUCUACUUACCCACCUCAAUCGGAGAUGUCCGGACGCUUUUCGUCGCCGGACUUCCCGAAGACGUCAAUCCCCGAGAGAUCUAUAAUCUCUUCCGUGAGUUCCCAGGAUACGAAACUUCGCAUCUCAGAACCUCUGAUGGAGCUAAACCGUUUGCGUUUGCUGUGUUUUCGGAUCUUCAAUCAGCUUUAGCGGUGAUGCAUGCUCUCAAUGGAAUGGUGUUUGAUCUUGAGAAGCAUUCUACUCUUUACAUUGAUCUUGCUAAAUCAAAUCCCAAAUCUAAGCGUUCAAGGACAGAUGAUGGCAGGGAAAGCGUGAAAAAGACCAAGUCUUGGAGCAAUACUCCUGAGUCUGCAGGUUUUGGCAGCUUUCACACACCUGGAAUGAGUAGUUCUUCGCACAACACUAUUGGUUAUUCACCUGCACAAAGUCAAGGAAUUGCUAAUGUUGCUGGGAGGGCAAAAUCUACUGCAAAAUCGAAUAAUGCUGCAGAACCUUGUCCAACACUUUUCAUAGCAAAUUUAGGACCAAACUGCACCGAGUCUGAGCUAGUCCACGUUUUUUCGAGAUGCCGUGGAUUCUUGAAGCUGAAGAUUCAGGGCACAUAUGGGACUCCUGUUGCAUUUGUUGAUUUCCAGGAUGUAAGCUGCUCAAGUGAAGCACUACAUGCUCUUCAAGGAACAGUGCUUUACUCAUCCCUCACUGGUGAGGGUUUGAGGCUCCAAUAUGCGAGAUCACGGAUGGGAAUGCGCAAGAAGAUUAUUUAAUGUUAAAGAUUGACUAAUCUCUGAUUAGUGAGAGAUAAAGUAGAAUGUCAUGCCUAAACAGCAUAGAAACUGUACUUCGCUAUAUGCAUGUAUAGCUUACAGUACUCGAAUGUAUUAUUUAUCAGAAAUGUAAUGAUCAUAUUGGAGAGAAGUUUUUAAUGUAAGAACAUAUUGAAAUGAUUGGAAUCAUAGUUUCCUUAUUCAUUUACGUCUUGGAAUGUCUUAUAGAAACAAAUAACAUCUGGC